UAAAAAGUUUAUAAACCCAAGUUCCCUUUAUCUAAUAUUAGGUUUUGGUUGAAGAUCUGAUAACUAAAAAAAGAAGCAGAAAUAGAGAAGCAGAAAGGGGGAAAUACUUCCUCAUGUCUCUGUAUGUUUAUGUGAAACCGACAUCAGUGUGCGGUUAACAGUACAGCUUCCACCACUGUCCCUGUUGUUGUCUUUUCGGUUGUCCUACGAAGGCUUUUCCACAUGAACAUGUGAUGAGACAUAUCAUUCCCUUUAUCUUGCAAGAGAUGAGACCCCUAACAGGGAUGUUUCCACCUGUAUGUGGGUGUCUGAAGAAGGAUGUUUGUGUAGUGCUAUUGCACUGUGAGAAUGAGCCACAUUUGUAAUUCCCAUUUGGAAUGGGUGUCAAUAGUGUCUUAGUGGGCUCAUGGGGCAGGUCAGAUCUCACUAAGCGAUCCACAAUAUUGCGACCACACUUAUAGACCAACAGUGGGGGUUCCUUGAAGAUGUGUACAAUUUUCUUGUCUGAUUGCAAAAUAUGCCAGUGCUUUCCAGGAUUGCUUUCAUUUUCUCUGAACACUUGGUGUCCUUAGUGCAACAGACUAUUGCGUUGUUUUUCUUCGUUGGUUUACUUUUUUAGCAUUUCCUCUCUUGGUUUUUGAGAGAUUUUCAUCAUUGCAGCAUCAAGAGUUUCUUCCUUCUUGCCUCUGAUUUUGAAAUGAUUUGUCAUUUUCUUGGCAUUGCUGUCAAAAUCUGACUGUUGGCAACAGAUUCAUUUAUCCCUGCAUAACUGGCUAUAUGGUAGACCAACUGAAAAUACAUCAGAACCUCCCUGAUGUUGUCUUUUGUGUUGCAGGUGUUUUGGCCUGUUUUGGUCAACGAGAUUUGAACGCCACAAUGCCAGACAAACUGGAUGUUCUGACUGGCUCCUGUGUGCAAAUCCCAUGUUCAUUUGAUAUUCCUGACCGACAUAGGGAUAAAUUUCAAUUUAACAGCGCAAUACUACCCUCUGGAGUGUGGAUUAAAGGAUCCCCAUACUUUGGUGGGCGUCCGGACAGUGUGAUAUUUAACAGUAGUGAGACGGUCAACAGAUAUCAUGGGGAGAUAACUGGAAACAUGUCCCAGAAGAACUGCACCACAGUCUUCUUCAAUGUAACCACCAAUUACACUGAUAAAUACUUCCUCAGGAUUGAGAGUCAACCAUUCCGUGCAACAGACACUGAAAAGUCUGUUAAUAUAGUUGUCAGUGAUUUGCCUUCCAGUCCCAUCCUAACUGUCUCAGGUGAGGUGAAGGAAGAGAUCCCUGUCAGUUUGAACUGCUCUGCUGUCGCUCCCUGUCCCGAACACUCCCCUGAGCUGACAUGGACUCUCCCAACACAGUUCACAACUGAGAACCAACUGCAGGAGAAUCCAGACCAAACCAAAUCAGUUCUCUCCACGGUGACCUUCACUCCAUCAUACCAUCAUCAUGAGAAGAACAUCACUUGUACUGCAGUCUACCCAGUAGGGACAAGCAACAAGAGAGCUGAACAUAACAUGAUGCUUAACGUUUCAUUCUCUCCUAAGGACACCUCGGUCUCCAUCAGUCCAGCUGAUCCAGUAUUAGUGGGCAGCUGUGUUAAUCUGACCUGCAGCAGUACAGCCAACCCUCCUGUGACAAACUUCACCUGGUUCAAGAUCAGUGAGGGUAAUUCAACACAGGUAGCAUCUGGACAGAGUUACACCCUCAAUGUGACUGUUGGUGGUGGACAGUACGUCUGUGAAGCAAGAAAUAGUCACGGCUGUGGGAAGUCAAAUGAAGUGCAGCUGGCUAUAAAAGGGCAAGAAGAGACUGUUAACACAAUGGCUUCUGGGAUUGCAGCAGGAACUUUGGGGGCCCUUUUGCUUAUCAGCCUGAUCAGUCUUUUUGUAUGGAGGAGAAACCCGAGGCUCCACGAUGGACUUGAAAGGACGGACAAUUCACAGGGACAGAACUCCCCGGUUGGGACAGUGUGUGCUAACCAGGCCACGGCCGGAGAGGAACCAGAGAAACCUGCAGAAGACCAGCCUGAAGAGAUCCACUAUGGUGACAUAGACUUCUCCAAACUACAGACCAAAGAGACCCCAGAUGCAGCCCAGGACAGGGUCCAGGGACAGGAGAGUGAGUACGCUGAAGUCAACGUGACUGGGAGUAGGGCCCAGGAACCACCUCUUAACUACCUAGAUGGGCUUUAUGCACAAGUGAAUAAAACAGGUGAAUGCUAAGUAUUUUGCCGAUGGGUAUUAAGUGUUUUUAUGUACAGUAUUGUCAUUGUGUAUCUGUUUCUAUUGGUACUUUUGUUAAAUUUAUAAUUGUGUGCUCUUUGAAUAUCUGCAUAUUUGUAGAAUUUUCUGGGAUGAAAAGUGUUUAACUGUUACUAUAGUGUUGAUAUGAUGAUGCAGGCUACGCUUUAUUUUAGACCAUUUAUUUUGAGUGUUGAGUUCACAGAGCAUCUGUUUAAUGGGUUCCAGUA